CUUAAACAUAUGUUUAUAAAACUGAAACUAACUACCAGCAAUACAUUUUUUUUAUACCGUACAUUUUAUUUUUAAAUACAAAAAACAAAUUAUGUCGUCCAAAAGCAACAACUUUGAGGAUUUAAACUAUGACUGCAAUUACAAUCUAUUUCUAGCCAAAUCACUGAUACCACAUUUAGAAGAGCAAAAAGCAAGGCAAAAAGCGAUGGGUUGGCUGAAGAAGUUGGUUCAUUCAAAUCGGACAAUUGAUGAGAUGAAACUCCGUAAUGAUUUCUUGUAUCAUCUUGUUUUGAACAUCAAUAAUGGAAAGCUGGAACCACCGUUUGAUAAGAAUCCGCCCAGUGGACCAUUAACUGCAAUAGCACAAUUAUUACCAGGUGGAGGAGCAAAUGUACAACAUAAUACAUUUGGAGGUGAUAUUGCACAGCAAAACAUCUUACCUGCAGGUACAGGUGUAAUGGGAAAAACAGAGAGGCCGAUGGUGGACCAAAGUUCUCCUGAUGGUGGGGCUUUCCUCUCUUCACAACCAAUACCGAAAUGCGGUGCUUUCUGUUACUUGGCAGUUAUGAGCAAACCCAGACCGGUCGAAUACGAGGCUGAAUAGUUAUUGUGUCUUGUCAAUAAUAAUUUCAAACAUUUUCUCCUCGGGCAAAUAAAUUUGUACAAUUAUAAACACAAUAAAGAACUUGAUUUGUGAAA